AUGGCUAAAACCCUCUUUGACCUCCUAGAGGUGCACGACCAGUCGUCCGAAAACGAAGAAGACGUCCCAACAGUAUCACAGCAUCCCCAUCCCCACCCCCAUCCGCAUCCCCAGGCCCAGGUCCAGGUCCAGGUCCAGCCCCAACCCACUGAAGACGGGGCGUCCGUUACCAGUACCGCAGCUACAGAGGAAAUGCCACCCAGUGGCCGGCCCCGGCCCAACACUCCCAGGCGGGAGGCCGACUUCUCCUCCCUUCUCAACCAUGCCGAAAAGGUCGAAGUCAGCUCGCUCAUCAAUAGACUGACCGACAUGAUGCAGAAGCAGACAACCCAGUUGUUUGAUGUGUUUCCACCCGAGAGCAACCCCCUGCCCGUCCGCAUCACGGUCUGGAACAAGCUCCCCCCCUAUCUCAGAGACCUCAGCUUGACCAAGCCGGUCGAAGAGCAGCCCAGAAAGGCCCCAGAGAAGCAGGAGAAUGUCAAGCCAUCGCGCUCUAAGAAGGGAGGUCGGUCCAAUGGCAGAAGAACUGACAAUAGCACCUCCUCGGACGCCCCUCCAGCCCCAGCCCAGAGGGAGCCUGACGUGCCACUCGGCCCUCGCCAACAGGAGCUCAAGAAGGAGGCGCUGAUGCACUUCAAGCGCUGGCAGACGGCUGUGCUCAAGCGUGCUGGCGACAUUUCGAUCCGAAAGGCGAACGACUACGGCAAUCAGUAUGGGUAUGGGCCCAAGAGAGGCUCGUCGUCCUAUAAGAAAAAGAGGGCAAACAGUAAGUUCCAGACCCAGGCCGACGGCUGGGUCCCAGUUGGACGUCCUGACCAUGUGGCAGACUCGCAGCCGGCUACCAUGAUCAACGUCACACCCAUCACCGUGGAAGCCGAUCCUGCCUUCUGGCAACUGUACCCGCCCAUUGCAACAGCGCUUUCGACUCUCCCGGCAGGCAAGAGAUGUCUCUUGCUUCAUUGCCUCAUGCUUUUGCUGCUCUCGCUUGAGAGCUACAACGCCUACACCCGCAUCUUGAUGCUCAACAUCACCUCGUCCCUUCGCUUACCACUGCGUGUCUUGACCGAGGAAGAGGUGAGAAUUAGCAAGGCCUUCGCUGACCUUGCCAAGACGGUGUCAUUUGAAGAGGUGGCUUUAAAGAGGACGGAGGAGAACAAGUCUUCUCGGAGACGAGCCGGCCCGGCAGGCGCUCACUUUGUGCCCAGCGGCAAUCUCGCAGCUCCGCUGAUUGCUGCCAGCAUCGGUUCAGUCACUGGUGGUAUGGGGGUUGGGAGCACCACAGCCGCGGGCCUUCUUGGCACGAUGGCUGAGAGUGGCCUCGUUGUCGGAAACGUUCUCGGUAUGUGCCCUUGUCGAGCUGGCGGUAAAACUAUGGAACAACACGCCAAAGACGUUAGUGACGCCGGCUUUAUUCCUCUUCGCGGCAUUGUCAACGAGGAGUGUUUCAAAAUUAGCGAGAUUGUUCCAGAUCAUCGCCGGAUUCGAGUCGUGUUGGGAGUCGGUGCCUGGCUGCCCAACAAGACGGACAUCUUCCGCCCCUGGAGAUGCUUGGGGGAGCAGAAUGAGGUGUAUGUGGUUCGUUGGGAGCUCGACAACCUGGUCAAGCUGAACACGGCGCUCGAGACCAUGGUCAAGAGCGCCGCGUGGUCCAUCGCCAAGAAGGAAAUCAUUGCUCGGUCUAUUUAUACUAGUCUGAUCGACGCCCGUUGGCCGGCCUCUCUUCUAAAGCUCAGCAAGAUUGUCGACAACCCCUGGAACACCUGCAUGGUCCGCGCCGACAAGCUGGGCUCUAUUCUUGCUGAUAUCAUCUCAAGCAAGGCGCCCGGUGAGCGUGGUGUCUCGCUGGUCGGGUACAGCCUCGGUGCCCGCGCCAUUUACACCUGUAUGGCCAUCUUGGCCGAGCGACGGGCGUUUGGUUUGGUGGAGAACGUGGUGGUCAUGGGCCUCCCGGCGCCUUCGGAGACGGCCAUCUGGGUCGCCAUGAGAAGUGUGGUGACGGGUCGCAUGGUCAAUGUGUACUCGGAGAACGACUACAUCCUGGGCUUCCUCUGCCGUCAGUGCAGUGUCGAGUAUGGAGUUGCAGGUUUGGAGCGAAUCGCCGGGGUUGAAAGUAUCGAGCAAUUGGAUGUCUCUGCUAAGGUCAGUAGCCACCUCAGAUACCCAUACCUCGCCGGCACCAUUCUGCAUCACAUCGGCUGGGAGGACGUCGACAAGGAACAGGCCACCCAGCAGGAGCACGCCAUGUCGAUUUGGGAGGAGAAGCUCCGGCAGCACGAGGCGAGACGGGCUGCUGUUGAGACGGGCAGGCCGGACCCUUUCAAGACCCUGAACACCUUGACGGAUACAACGAACAAGGGUCCCGAGCAAGGUAUUAUUCGUACCCGCAUGAGGAAGAAGAAGGGCAAGAAAUGAAGUUUUGGAGGGAUUUGAUACCGAGUAUCUGCACAGGGAAUCGCUACCAUUGCGUUGAUUUUUUUUUUUUUUAUUGGGGGAUGAAAGACUAUGGUCACGAGGCGAUAUUCAGGCGCCAGAUUGCCACCUUACAGGACGAAGCCAUGGUUAUGAAUUAUGGCAGCUGGGUUAUGCAUGGCUGGGAACGUGUUAACUGAUGUAUGUUGAAUUAGCCUGGGUUGUUUCAGUGGGGGAAGGGCGUUCUCUAUGUGAGA